UAAUAAAGGCCUCUGGUCUCACAGGGACAGACAAAACAGGUAUUCAAUAGGGUUAUAAUCGUUACUGUUUCUAUAUUUAAUUCGCUUGCAGGAAUGAGUAAUCAAGGUUACAUACAUUUUGGAUUUUUUUUUAUUUUGAACAAGGUUUUUAAAUAAAAAAUUAGGACACUCCACACACAAGGAUGUUGCGAAGAAUCUGGAGUUGGGCGGGGACCUGGGGUGUUAAAGAAUGUUACCUGAAUUCGACCGAUUUUCAAUGUUAAAUUUUUUUCUGAAGUAUGGUAUAGUUGUAAUAGACUCAAAAAAACUCUGAUUUGGGGAUUUCUAGUGACUAAAAGAGUCUCGCCAAAUGACCUAGUAUAGUCGUUAAGAAUCGAUCAUUUGAAAUACCUAUUUAAAGUAAUAAGUAUGUAUAUACUAUACUAAAUAUAGAUGUUCCUGAUGCAUACUGCCUGCUCACCAGUAAGGAACCGCCACAGAAGAAAAAAACGAAAACUGUAAAGGGAACGAAUGAUCCUGUUUGGAAUGAAUCUCAUGUUUUGUAAGUGAUGUGACAAGUUGUUAAAAUAUGACAAUUUUUAUUUGAAUAGAAAAUUUAGUGCAAAAAAGCGACUUAUAAAUAAAUAUGAUAUAAAAUAUCUAUAGAACGAUCAAAGCUUAUUACGUUUAUCUUUGUAAUUCAGAGACGUUAGUGAGAAGACGAAGGAAGUUUCAUUCGAUAUAUAUAAUGAAUUAAAGUCUUCAGAAGGUAGGGUUAUUUAUGCGGAUAUGGCAAAAAAAUCCUUGGGUCCAUAUAUUCGUAGUUCCGCAGGUUUGUUUAAGGCAUUUUCAGUUGCAAAGGUUUACUGACAUACUGUAUAUUCAUGUCUUCUUGCGAUCAAUCAGGGAAAGUUAUACAUGUACUGUAACUAAAAAAUUAAAGGUCGUAUGAAAACUGUACCUGAAACAAAAACAUGGGACUAUAGACUCAAAUUAUGAAAGAUCGAUUGAAUCCUGUGAUCCUAAGGUUACAAAAACGUAGUGCUGUUUCACUGCUUUUGUAGCGGCUAGGUUCUUUGAUUUCAGAAAGGGUCGGAAGGUGUGGAACUUUAUAGGUCCUCUUUAAAGCCUUGACAAUCGUUGAUGGUUUCGCCAGAUGUGGUUUUACGUUUGUUCAAAUGAGCAUAACAGAUAAUGAAGAUAAUGAGCAUAAAAUCUGCGGUUGACAGUCAGGCUAACUGUGAUUAGAGAAGUUCAAGUAUAACUACCACCCUACUAUCUCUCACUGGUUUAGUACGCAUUUAAUUGGUUAACCGCGUAUAUCAAACGCAUCUGAUUGGUUAUUGGCCCCUUAUUGGUAGUGGUAGCUGUAGCGGAAGUCAAAUCUGAACCGCCCAAAUGAAAGGCAAUGUUUGAAGCAGCUAUUUUCGCAAUUCCUGUAAACACUUAACAGCAUUUAUCGAAUUAGGUACAUCAUGGAUACAGCGAACGGGCUAGCUAAUAUCAAAAGGUUACUCAACUGACCCACUAACCCUUGAAAAAAUAUGUUGUCCGCUCUACUGUACAUUGAGAAUUCUACACAGUGCAUUUCUCAAACCUUCUAUUUGGGGUGCAUUUAGUUUUAUGUUUCUUGACGUUUUCGACUGGAAAUGGAUUUAGACAUGAAUUUUUUUCUUAUUUUCAGAGACAGGUUUUCUUGGUCAAGUAAUAGUUCCUCUAGCAAUGAUUGGUAAAGAUCAGUCAUGUCGCCUUAUCUUACCUGUACUACCUACGUCAGCAAAGAAUAGUUACGUCACUGGACAAAUAAAUUUGGAAGUAAGAAAUUUUCCUACUGCAAGUAUUUUCCCUACAUUUUACUUGUUACUCUGUAGGUUAGUAUGUAAGCAGAACCUGGAGAGUAGUGUCGCGAUCCUAAAUCCUGAGGAACAUUUGCCUUAGCAAAGAACAUUGAGGGACAAUUUCAGUUUUUCACACGAACGUUACGGUAUAAAUUUUAAGGAAUCGUUAAUUGUCAUACUUUCUUAUCUGUCAUUUCGAAUUUGGAGUAAUGUACGGGUCUAAUUUUCCAGUAUUUUUACGCACUUUUGAGGAACAUUUGAAAAAGGCAAAACAAGGAUCCGAAGAACAUUGAACACUUUUUGUAAGAUCGUUGCAAAAGGAAUCGGUUCAAGUUGCAAAAUUAGAGUAGAAUGCGAUAGAUAGAGAUAAUUUUAGAUAACGUAGCUCUGAGCUCAGUAUCCGAAAUUGUAUUACAAGUUGCAGCAAAAAUUCCCUCGUGUGACAUGGCCUAUGUACUGUUUAUAUACACACUAUACAUAUUUUAUAUUUUCGGACUUUUUGCCUGGACUAUUAUUUUAAGUUGUAUACGCCCUCCAAAUUUCGUGGUUGCAGGUGUUUAUUCCUUCAUUGCAAAUUUUGCAAUGUAUACAUUUGGAUUCUUCCUACAUUGAUCAUAUAGAGGGCAAAAUUACUCGAAUAUGAUUGGCUAAUGAGGAGGGCAUUUUUUCUUAAUUCAGGGCAAAAUUACUUGUACCUGAUCGGCUGAGACGCGCAAGCAGCGGGAACUUUCGUCUUUGAAAAUAUUAAAGCAAAACAAAACUGCAAUGGCUUCUCGCUUUGGAGUGCCGAUAGCGACGUUAUUCAGGACUUAAAAGCAUCUAGUGAAAACCGAAAUACGAGAAAAAGCACCAAUUUAUGGGUUGGAGUGUUUAAAAAGUGGGAGAGAGGAAGGAUAUUCCAAGUCAAUAUUAAGGGAUAAUGAAUUUCUCAACUCCCGAAAAGUGCUUGAAGGAAAGGCAAAGAAACUCAGAAGAGACGGUUUCUGUAAACAGCCAAAUAAAGCAAAAAGCCUUACCGAUGAAGAAGGGAAAAUAUUGUGAGAAAACGACCAGCUUGGAGGAAACAACCCACGCUCAUUGACGAACUCGUUGUGGUGGCUUCUUACCCAGCACUUCGCGCUACGUGGUCGGCAAGAGCAUCAUGAAAUGAAUGUUGAAGAUUUCUCUUUACAAAAGGACGACAACGGAAUUGAGUUUGUAACGUUUGCCGAAGGCGUUAUACAAAUACCAGACAAGCCGGUUUGCGAGCAAAACCGACUUGUAAAGCCGAAAAUGUUUGCAAAUGAAGACGGAACAAGAUGUCCAGUCGCUCUUUUUAAGCAAUAUCUUCAGAGGCGUCCAACCUGA